ACUGUAAUAAGCGGGUUUCUAACAGUGGUAACAGAACCAGGUUAGCAAGAAUGAGUUCAUCGAGACUCUCAACCGGAUAUUUUAACAAGUUUGCGUGAAAGUAGAAGGCUGAGAUGAACUGUUUACUUGCGCAAAUUGCGUCGCUUGGGACGGACGCUGAGAACGAGUGGCAGGACGAUGAGGUCCCUAUGGUAGCGAUCAAAGCGGCACAAUUGAUUGGGGUCGAGGUUGAGUUGGCGGACGAAGUUUGUGCUGUCGUGGAGGACAAAGAAGAAGAUUUGGCCGUCGAGAGCUUUGGCCACAAGCAACCACUUCUAACCUUUGUAGUAGGACUACCUCUAUCCCAGUCGUCAAACACAACCCUCACCACUGUUGAGAAGUCACAUGAUGACGGCAACACCGUUGAAGAUAAUUCUUGGUCGGCAAAGGUUGAGGCUCCUAUUCCAUGACACCCAGCUGCCUUGGGGUCUUUGCAUGAGAUCCCAGCAAAUCAGAGAGCCUCGGGUGAGGGGAGAGUCGUGAUGUGGAAGUUCAAGAAAAAGAAGAGGGUGUUUCCAAAGUUGGCGUGCUUCCUAGUUGUCGUGUGGUCUAUUGGCCGCUGAAGAUAAUACUAGAAGCAGGUCAUCUCUCCCAUCGCCUAUUGUGCGGGUUGCGGGCAGAGAAAGAGGUGUUGGAGAAUGAAGAAAAGAAAAUGCC